CUUGGUAGCACUCAAUCCUCUUAGCUUUGCAGCCCCGACCCCACCCCACCCUAGCCUUCAAUCACCCACAUUAAGAGCUGAAAACUAGGAGGAAAAGAAGAGGAACGCCGCCGUGGCAGCAGCCGCUGGUGGCCGCUCGAACCCCGAUGUAUGCGGGGAGGGCAGAAGGGAGGAGGAAGCGAGAGGAGGGUAGGGUUUGUGGGUCCGUGUGUGUAUAUGUGUGUGUGCGACUGUGUGUGUGCGCGUGCUAGCCAGCGUCUGUGACUGGAGCCCGCUGCUUUCCAAGCUCUCCCUGUCUCUCCUACGGCUGCCUUUGGAUCCAACCUCAACACACACACACACACACACAUACAUUACAUGCAUACACACACACACACACACACACACACACACACACACACACACACACACACACACCCCAACCGCCACCAACUAACCACCCCCACCAGCUGCAGCAGCAACAGCCUCCGCCGCCGCCGCCUUGUCACAUGCAGCCAGCCGAAGGGAGAUUUAACAGCAAGGGUUGGCGGUGCCUCUGCUUUCCCUCCUUCUGCAAGUCGAUCCUAGCCAAGCAACGGCGCUGAUUUGUUUUUAUUUAAUUUGUCUUCUUUCUUUUCUGGGAGGCUGGGAUGGUGGUGGUAGGGAGUACGGACACUAGAUAAAGGGGGCGAUGAAGAUUAUUGUUCUUUUUAAGGAUGUCUUCCUCCUCCUGCCUCCCCCUGCUGCCUCUCCAUUGAGCCUUCCUACAAGAGAAGAUGAACCAGACUCAGAGAUGUAGAGAGCAAAAAACAACACGAGCUCCAUCCAGCUAGGAGGACCCUCCUCUCCGUAGAGGGGAGGGGGAUUUCCAGCGACACAUCAUUGGUGAAGGGAAUCGCAGAGUGAGCAGCCCCCUGAGAGAGGGGGGAAUCCCACAGCCCUUUGUGGUGCACAAGCCAGUGCUGACUGCUGAACGUGGUCUGUUUAAGCAAGUUAUGCCAAUAAAAACACACCUUGAGAUGGAUUAUAACUUCAAUUGAUAAUCCUACUACUCAUUCUUUGAAGGAUAUUGGCUCUUCAGUCUCAUCCAGUUCAAAAUGGCAGAGAAGGCUCCCCCUGGUCUGAACCGAAAGACUUCAAGGUCUACUCUUUCCCUUCCACCAGAGCCUGUGGAGAUCAUCAGAAGCAAAAGUUGUUCCCGACGAGUUAAAAUAAAUGUAGGGGGCCUAAACCAUGAAGUGCUAUGGAGGACUUUGGAUAGACUUCCAAGAACAAGAUUAGGGAAGCUCCGAGACUGCAAUACUCAUGAAACCCUGCUGGAAGUGUGUGAUGACUACAAUUUGAAUGAAAAUGAAUAUUUCUUUGAUCGGCAUCCAGGAGCCUUUACAUCCAUUUUAAAUUUCUACAGGACAGGGAAACUCCACAUGAUGGAAGAAAUGUGUGCCCUCUCUUUUGGGCAAGAGCUUGAUUACUGGGGAAUUGAUGAGAUAUACUUAGAGUCUUGUUGCCAAGCAAGAUAUCAUCAAAAGAAAGAACAAAUGAAUGAAGAAUUGAGACGAGAGGCAGAGACUAUGAGGGAAAGAGAGGGAGAAGAGUUUGAUAAUACCUGCUGUCCUGAAAAAAGGAAGAAACUCUGGGACCUGCUAGAGAAACCUAACUCAUCAGUAGCUGCAAAGAUCUUGGCCAUUGUAUCCAUUCUAUUCAUCGUUCUAUCCACCAUUGCCCUGUCUCUCAACACCCUACCUGAACUUCAAGAAACGGAUGAAUAUGGUCAGCCCAAUGACAACCCACAGUUAGCACAUGUUGAAGCUGUCUGCAUAGCCUGGUUUACAAUGGAGUACCUUUUACGCUUCCUGUCAUCUCCAAAUAAGUGGAAGUUCUUUAAAGGACCAUUAAAUGUCAUUGAUCUGCUGGCCAUUUUACCAUACUAUGUCACCAUUUUCCUCACAGAGUCCAACAAGAGUGUGCUCCAGUUUCAGAACGUCAGGCGGGUGGUGCAGAUCUUCCGUAUCAUGAGGAUACUUCGGAUCCUGAAACUUGCCAGACAUUCAACAGGCCUCCAGUCUUUAGGAUUCACUCUGAGACGGAGUUAUAAUGAAUUGGGCUUGUUAAUACUCUUUUUAGCCAUGGGAAUAAUGAUAUUCUCCAGUCUUGUGUUUUUUGCAGAGAAAGAUGAAGAUGCUACCAAGUUCACCAGUAUCCCUGCCUCCUUUUGGUGGGCCACCAUCACCAUGACCACUGUAGGGUAUGGUGACAUCUACCCUAAAACUUUACUGGGAAAAAUUGUGGGAGGCCUCUGCUGUAUAGCUGGGGUGCUAGUGAUUGCACUUCCCAUCCCAAUCAUUGUAAACAAUUUCUCCGAGUUUUAUAAGGAACAAAAACGGCAGGAGAAAGCAAUUAAAAGGCGCGAGGCCCUGGAAAGGGCUAAAAGAAAUGGAAGUAUUGUUUCCAUGAAUUUAAAAGAUGCCUUUGCUAGGAGUAUGGAACUUAUUGAUGUGGCUGUGGAGAAAGCAGGAGAUUCUGCCAACACUAAGGACUCAACAGAUGAUAACCACCUAUCUCCAAGCCGAUGGAAGUGGGCCAGGAAAGCAUUGUCUGAAACCAGCUCCAACAAAUCCUAUGAAAAUAAGUAUCAGGAAGUGAGUCAGAAAGAUUCCCAUGAACAGCUCAACAAUACUUCUUCAAGCCCACAGCACUUAAGUGCUCACAAACUGGAGAUGCUAUACAAUGAAAUCACUAAGACUACACAGCCCCACUCACACUUGAAUGCCUCUGACUACCAAGAGCAGGCUGAAAAACCACCAGUGUACAAAGAGGAGAUUGAAAUGGAGGAGGUAACCUGCCCUCAGGAGCAACUGGCUGUGGCCCAGACGGAAGUCAUCAUGGACAUGAGGAGCACCUCUAGUAUUGACAGCUUCACCAGCUGUGCCACUGACUUCACAGAAACUGAAAGAUCUCCUCUCCCACCCUAUGCCAGCACUCACUUACAAAUGAGAUUCCCCCCUGAUCCCACAGGGGCAGAAGAGCACCAAAGAGCCAAGGGACUCCCAUUUUUAACACUCACAAGGGAGAAAAGUUCUGCCCCUAGAGAUGCUACAUUUGAAUAUACUCCAAUCGACACCACUGGGAGCCCAGACUCAGUAGUACCCCAAUCUGGGCUGCAUGGUCCUCUGCAGUUUGACAGUGCAACUGAGAGUCCAAAAAGUUCUCUAAAAGGUAGCAAUCCCCUCAAGUCCAGGUCCCUGAAAGUGAACUUCAAAGAGAGCAGGGGCAGUGCCCCCCAGACUCCACCUAGCACUGCCAGGCCCCUGCCAGUCACCACCAUGGCAGACUUUACUCUACCCACACCCCAACAUAUCAGCACCAUUCUCUUAGAGGAGAAUUCUCCCCAGGGGGAGAGACCCUUGCUGGGCACUGAAGUCUCAGGGCUCUGUCAGGGACCUGCAAAAGGUUCAUCCCCUCUGUUUCCCAAACAAAAACUAUUUCCUUUCUCUUCAAGAGAGAGGAGGAGCUUCACUGAAAUAGACACUGGAGAAGAUGAAGACUUCUUGGAGCUCCAUGGAGCUUCAGAGGACAGGCAGCCAGACCCCAGCACAAAUUGCUGUGGGGAUAAAUGCAGUGAUGGAAGAGACCCUUUAAGAGAAGAGACCAGUGCUCUCUCUUCCUCCCCCCAAAAUACAAGUCACAAUUGUAUGCAAGACAUUUACCAAGCUGUGGGAGAAGUAAAAAAGGACAAUAAUCAAGAAGGGUACAAGAUGGAAAACCAUUUGUUUGCCCCAGAGAUUCAUUCAAAUCCUGGGGAAACAGGUUAUUGUCCCACGCGUGAAACCAGCAUGUGACUAGUUAAAAAAGCAAUAAAAACUUGUUUCUUAAAAACCACAAUUAGUAAAGCCUAUGAACUAAAAAUGGGAAGUCUCCCCUAUCCUUCCCCUCUCCCACAAAAACAAGUGCAUAAGAUGUUAUUUUUGCAUGGCAUGAACAGUUUAGUUUAAGUACUGUUUAAAUAAAGAGUCGAGGCUGCUUUUUGUAACAAACAACCUAACACAAAUGACUCCAAAACAGUGGAUAAAAUAAAGAGAGCUCUAUCAGGAAUUGGCAUUCUGCAACGUCUGACAUUUUUGAUCCUUUCACUUAUAAUUAGACAAAUUUUAAACUGUUUUAACUAUUUUGGGGGUUCCAAUGAAUUUUAGAAUUUGCACAUGAAAGGAUGAAAUGUCAAUGCAUGCAUUCAUAACAAUGUGAAAAAAAGGUGCUUCGAGCUUGCAAAAUGCAUCUAUUUGUAAAUAACGGAUUUGGGGGAGCCAAAAAUCUCAAGAAUAUAUGGAAUUAAAUUUCCAGGGACACAGGUACUUCCUUCACAGCCUGAUGCCGGGAGGAGCUGUACAGACUUACGUUGCAAGAUUGCAACCUCUAUUUAAAGUAUCUCAUGUACCUUGCUUUCUCUUAUGAAGCUCAUUAAGUCUAUUAGUUUAUUUAAGGGAAUACAGUAUUUUUAGUUCUCUGUGCUAUGUCAUGGGGUGCAUCUUUUUUAAUUUGCCUUUGCUUAAUUGUGGCAUUUGUGGUUUAAAUUAUAAUUCAUGAGAAUAGGCAAGAUUUAAUGACCAGAAAUUAAAUUAUUUGGAAUUCUAUAUUAAAAUUUGGCAAUACCUAGCCGUCAUAGCAUUAUCUAUGAUGGAAAAAAACCACGGACAAUAGUUUAGAGCUGGAAGGGACCUCAGGGGUCAUAUAGUCUCACUCCUGUUGUUUUACAGAUGAAGAAAUGGAGGCCCAAGGGAUAUGGUGACUUGCACAAAUUCAAAGAGGUAAUGAGCAUCAGAAAAUAAAUUAGAACUCAGGUGCUCUGAUUUCAAAGUCUCCUUCCAUGACACCAUGAAAAAAAGAACAUACUUGAAGUUUAGAGCAUUUUACCAUUAAUGAAGCACUUUCCACAUAAUGACCCUCUGAGGUAAGUAAUGUAAGUGGCCCCUUGUUACAGAUGAGAAAACUGAGGCCCAGUGAAGUUAACUGUCUUAUCCAAAGACACAUGGUCUAUGAAUGGUAGAACCAAUAUUCAACCUAAACCCCAACUCCCAAUCUCUGGGCUCCCAGUCCAGUGCUUUAUAUCAUGCUGUCCAAAAUUCUUUCUAUUUAAAAAUAGGUUUUUUAAUGACCAUUUUGGUCCAAACUUAAUAAAAUAUCAUUUACCUUAGAAUCUGCUCUAUUUUCCUCAAGUCCAACAUGGACAAUCUCCCCCUCCUCUAGCAGGGUGCAUACAUUCCAAUAGGCACAUGACAUAUCCUCUUCCCUAAAGAGAGCCUUCACCUAAUCUUCAGAUGAAUUGAAAAGGAAAUGGUAAAGAUGUACUGAAAAAUAGCACUGUCCUGAGAAACAAGAAAUCUCAGUUCUCUUUUGUAUUCUGCCACUAGCUAGUUGGCCUUAGAGGAGUCAUCAAAACUCUCUGCCCCUCAGUUUUCUUAUCUAUAAGAAUGUGGCUUAGAUGAUUUCCUGUGUGCCUUCUUUUAGCUCUAAAUUUCUAUAAUUCAAUAGUUUUUCCAAAAUCGCUAAAAUUCACUUGACUUUAAUUAAGGACAUGUGAAUGUUUGGUGAGAGAUACUGAGUUCAGAAUAUGCUGGACCAAUAUACAAGCACAAAAUUUUUUUUUGGUUUUUUUUAUAAGAAACUUCAUUACAAAUUUUAGUAACAAAUCCCUUUCUUUUAGUGAUGAAAUUAGUCUCUGUUUUUUAUCUAACUUAAAAUGUUUAUAAAAUGUCAUUUCCUUAUCAACAGAAUCUGGUCAUUAUCUCUCAGUUUUGAAUGCAAUUUGGAAAGGGUGGGGUGGGUCUUAGUUGAAAUACAGGUAUCCCUAUUAUUGAAUAUAAUUUUACAUAUCUAUUUUCCGCUGUCCUUACAAUUUACAAUGAUUUUCAUGUUUAAUUGUUCUGAAACAUAGCCCUUACAUGUUAUGGUCAUUAAUCACGUAUAUUUAUUUACAUUGUUUGUUAGUUGACAUUUUCAAUGACUAAGACUAAAUGAGAGUCAGUUUUUAUAUGCUUAAAGUGUUGGUCUGUAUUUUCUAUAGACAAUUUUUCCAGAAUCCACCCUAAAGGCAUUUUCCAGAAUACUUGCCUAUAGAUUAAAUAUAAACAAGUCCCAAUAGCCACUUUUAGAAUGUGUCUACAUGAAAUGAGGUGUCAUUUUUUUCCUGAGUGUGCUAUAAUAAUGGGUCCAUUUUAAAACAAAACAUUUUGUGUCAUUUGUCUACAUGGCACAUGAUGAAACAAAGAGUGCAGAUAGUUUUCUGGGGUAAAUUUGUCUUACUGCCCAAAAAGUUCACCAAUAAUGUAUGUUAGUCCUACCCUAGAUUCUGCCCAAAGGACCUAACUUUUACAGCCCAUGAUUUUGAAAGCCUCCUCUCAGGAAAGUUCCCCCUUUGGCCUGAAGGUUUUAAGGAAAAGCUAUUUUAUGGCUGAGAAUUUAAAGAAAUUCUUCUACCCCAAACCCUUCCACCAAUUUUCCCUAAUUUUUUGUGGUCAAAAGUCUUUAGAAGAAAAGAAAAACAUUUUAUUCCUCAAGCAAACAACUUCACAAAGAGCUAUUUUGGGGGGUCUGAAGACUUCUAAGAUGGUCUGGAUAGUGUUUUGAAAGUUACCUGGAGGUUAUUGAUGCUAAGGGUUAUUACUUACUGUUACCUACAACUUAAUGCCUGUUGACACUUGACAGUGAGCAAACAAUGUCUGGAUCUCAAAAGAAAUAGUCUAUGACAUGGAUGAUCUGUUCAAUCUGUUAAAUCUAGCAACUAGUAUGGAUUGCCACAAGGUAUGCUUGGCUACAUCAAUUCAUUUUAGAAAAAAUAAGCAAAAAUAUUUGGUCAUCCAUGUAAUUGCCUAAUUCACCCAACACAGCUUCAUUUAACCUACUUACCAGAACCAAAGUGCAUUGAUAGUACAUAAACAAAGAGGAAACCAAAGUACAUAUAUAGUGUGGCACAAAGAGGAAUGAGUGCCUGCAAUGAGCACUAAAAGUUAGGACUACAAAAUUCUUCUUUAGAUGGGAAAACCACAUUGGGCCAUGAAGGUAUUAGCACCCAUGAAUGGAUAUACAAAAAAAAUUAACAAAAAAUAUUUGCCAUCCAAUGUGUACAGGAUCAAAGAAGCAAAUUAUCAGAUAAAACAAUUAUGAUUUGAAAACUUAAAUAUAUUUCCUCAAACCAUCAAAAAUAAUUAAGGAUUUCUCUGGAGUUUUUUUUGUAAUUACCCAAUUUAUGAAAAUCAGUGUUUGGCUAGUAAGCUACAGUCAUUUAUUUUUUAAAUUGUUAUUGAUUCUGAAUUAUGGUCAUUUAAACUGUUAUCAAUUGAACCAUGUUGAUAUGAUAAGAUAAAAAUUGAAAUUAAAUCAUUGUACUAUUGUUAGAUUUGGGGGGGGGAUCAUUUUGCAUCAUGUAGCUGUUUCUUCUUCUGAGACCUUAGACAUGAAAUGCAUUAGGCAAGAGGCCAUAGAAGCUAAUUUUUUCUCUGAAACAAAAAUAAAUAAAAUGUGCUUGCAAAUAUUUUUAAGCUAUGCUCAAAACAGUAAGCAAAAAUCCUCCCUUAAGGGCAGACUGAAUUAGAUUAUGGAUUGUUUAACAUUUUUAUUAUGAGAAAGUAAAAUUGAUAAAUGCUUAUCAAAAUAAUGUAACUUGAAUAAAUGAAAUUCUGCUUUUUAAAUACCUGUUUUCCUAAGGAAAUAGAUGGUGAAAUUGAUUGGUUGCUAUGGAUUUCACCAUGUUGUCUGUAUGAAAUCCAAACUGUAAUUUCAUAGAUUUUAUUUUAAAGAGCAUAUAAAUUACUAUUCUAACCCACUGAGGGAUUAAAUUGUUUUUCCUCAAAAUUCAUUUUAAAAUAGUUGAUUUCAUUGCUAUUCAUCUAGAGAAGUUGCCUGUUGUAAUAACAAAUAAGUACAGGAAAAAAAUCAAACUUUAAGAAAAUGUCUAUGAAGAUUUGUAUUUUUUUAAUUAAUAAUUUUGCUUAUAAUAUUAAAAGCAAAGAGUUCUUAAUGAUUUUCUUACUUAAUAGCCACAUGUUACAGCAAAAUAUUGCUAUUCUUUUAUUUUGAAAGUAGUUUGUUUUGAUAUUCAGUCUUUAAAUUCAUAUGGAUUUUAAAUUUUGGUUAAGAUUUUAAAAACUUAUUGAACCAACCUUCUUUCCUUCCUGCCUGUCUUGCUUCUUUUCUUUCUUCCCAUCGUCCUUCCUGUCUUCCUUCCUUCCUUCCUUCUUUCUUCCUGAAACAAGUCCUACAAAACUUGAAUGAAAAUGGAAAUUUGAAAAGAAGGCACAUUACUAAUAAAAAGGGGGAGAAUUCUAAACCCCGAAAUCUUAGAGCACUUCCUAAAUUGGUGAAUUCCAACUUGAGAAAUUUUAACAUUUACUGAUUGAUUUCACUAAUCAUUUAUGCUACUUGCCUGACAUAAUUGAAUAAAUGUUUAUUUUUCUAUUAUUGCCAUUUAUGCAUAACUUCUUUGCUAGUCUUAAAAACUUUUAGCCUAUAAACAUGUAUAUAUAUAUUUUUUUAAUAAAGAAAAAAUCCUUUAAUAAUAGGGCAACACAGAGUUGACCAGGAGUUACAAACACAACAAAAGGGAAAUAUUACAAAGAAAAUAUAAGUUAAUAAGAUGUUUUUAAACAAGGAAAUAUAUAUUUAGUAUACAUGUGCAUAUAUUUAUAUAAGUAAAAAGAGGCACAUAUUAAUAAGAAUUUCAGAAUUGAGAUUGUAAAUCUAACUAUAAAUCGUCUGUUAAAGAAAUCAUUUCUAACAACAUUCCCAUCCAUAAAGAAAUUCUGUGACUGGGCACUGUCUAGUUCCAUGGGAUGAGCUGAGGUCUCUAUAGUUAUGUAGGUCUCUUUUUACUAUGUGUAUUUUACUCAUGUUCUAGUACUUUCCCUUUUCCAAAGAUUGAGUCGAAUCUGCCAUGGCAGUAUCAUUCUGAAUGGGAACACUCAUAAGCUCUAGUGAUUGUUCAAUAUCUAUUGAUAACAAUGGGACUCAUCCCAUUAAUUUCAAUGGAAAUUUGCCUACUAGAACAAGCCUUUCAUCUUGGAAGUGUGUUUUCUGAAACAAAAGAUUCUGUUACAUAGAGUCAUUCCUACAUACCCAGGCUUUUUUUAAGAAGAAAAAAAAAGAAGAUAGACAAUGCAGUGAGGAGCAGCUCCAAGAAGGACUGACUCUGGUGUAGACUCAAUGAAAAUGGUAAGCCUAUGAACAAUUUGGACAGUGUAGGCAAAGAAGCUUAACAAUAUGAACUGAAAUUAUCCACUCUACAGGGUAACCCCAUGUGUACAUUUGUAAGCAAAGUGAGAAAUGAAGUUGUCCAGGAAA